AUGAUGUGUGAAGUGAUGCCAACGAUAAACGAGGACACCCCGAUGAGUCAACGGGGGUCCCAGAGCAGUGGCUCGGACUCGGAUUCUCAUUUUGAGCAGCUGAUGGUGAACAUGCUGGAUGAAAGGGACCGUCUCCUUGAUACCCUUCGGGAGACACAGGAAAGCUUGUCACUUGCACAGCAACGCCUACAGGAUGUCAUCUACGACAGAGAUUCCCUCCAGCGACAGCUGAACUCAGCACUGCCUCAGGUUAUUUUAAAUUCUUCAGGUGGUGCCGCUUCUUUUAAAGGGUGCAACCCACCAGAAUUUGCUGCACUGACAAAAGAAUUAAAUGCAUGCAGGGAACAGCUGCUUGAAAAAGAGGAAGAGAUUUCAGAACUAAAAGCUGAAAGAAACAACACAAGACUGUUACUGGAGCAUUUGGAGUGCCUUGUCUCGAGACAUGAAAGGUCCCUGAGGAUGACAGUGGUAAAACGGCAAGCACAGUCUCCCUCAGGAGUUUCCAGUGAAGUUGAGGUCCUCAAAGCUCUGAAAUCUCUGUUCGAGCACCACAAGGCUUUGGAUGAAAAGGUAAGGGAACGACUGAGGGUUUCUUUAGAAAGAGUCUCUGCACUGGAAGAAGAACUAGCUGCUGCUAACCAGGAGAUUGUAGCUUUGCGUGAACAAAAUGCACACAUUCAAAGGAAAAUGGCAGCUGGGGAAGGGUCUGCUGAAUCAGAGCAUAUUGAAGGAAUGGAGCCAGGGCAAAAGGUUCAUGAAAAGCGCCUUUCAAAUGGCUCAAUAGACUCAAAUGAUGAGGCAAGUCAAGUUGUUGAACUUCAGGAGCUAUUGGAAAAGCAAAACUAUGAAAUGGCACAGAUGAAGGAGCGUUUGGCUGCUCUGUCUUCUCGGGUGGGAGAGGUAGAGCAGGAAGCAGAGACUACGAGAAAGGAGCUCAUUAAAACAGAGGAAAUGAACAGUAAAUAUCAGAGAGACAUUAGAGAGGCAAUGGCACAAAAGGAAGAUAUGGAAGAAAGAAUAACUACACUGGAGAAGCGCUACCUCAGUGCUCAGAGAGAAUCCACCUCCAUACACGACAUAAAUGAUAAGCUAGAAAAUGAACUGGCAAACAAGGAAGCCAUCCUGCGCCAGCUGGAAGACAAAAACAGGCAGCUGCAAGAGCGUCUCGAGCUGGCUGAGCAGAAGCUGCAGCAGACCAUGAGGAAAGCUGAAACCUUACCUGAAGUGGAGGCUGAACUGGCUCAGAGAAUUGCAGCUUUGACUAAGGCAGAAGAAAGGCAUGGAAAUAUUGAGGAACGUAUGAGACACUUAGAAGCUCAACUUGAAGAGAAGAAUCAAGAACUUCAAAGAGCAAGGCAAAGAGAAAAAAUGAAUGAGGAGCACAACAAAAGAUUAUCAGAUACUGUAGACAGACUUUUGACAGAAUCCAAUGAGCGUCUGCAACUACACUUGAAAGAGAGAAUGGCAGCACUUGAAGAAAAGAAUGUGUUGAUUCAAGAAUCUGAAAGUUUCAGGAAAAAUCUGGAAGAGUCCCUGCAUGAUAAGGAAAGACUUGCCGAAGAAAUUGAGAAACUGAGGUCUGAACUGGAUCAAAUGAAACUGAGGACAGGUUCUUUAAUUGAGCCCACCUUGUCAAGACCUCAUCUGGACACAUCAACAGAGCUGAGGUACUCAGUGGGCUCACUGGUUGAUAGCCAGUCUGACUAUCGGUCAACUAAAGUGAUAAGGCGACCUAGGAGAGGCCGGAUGGGAGUACGCAGAGAUGAACCAAAGGUGAAAUCACUUGGCGAUCACGAGUGGAACAGGACGCAGCAGAUCGGUGUUCUGAGCAGUCAUCCAUUUGAGAGUGACACUGAGAUGUCGGACAUCGAUGAUGAUGAUAGAGAAACACUGUUCAGCUCCAUGGACCUGCUGUCACCAAGUGGCCAUUCCGACGCCCAGACUCUGGCCAUGAUGCUUCAGGAGCAGCUAGAUGCAAUCAAUAAAGAAAUCAGGUUAAUCCAAGAAGAGAAAGAGUCAACAGAAUUGCGUGCUGAAGAGAUAGAGAACAGAGUGGCCAGUGUGAGUCUGGAAGGCUUAAAUCUAGCUAGAGCCCACCAAGGUACCUCCAUUACUGGCUCAGUGACAGCAUCAUCACUUGCAAGCUCAUCUCCUCCCAGCGGACACUCAACUCCCAAACUCACCCCUCGCAGUCCAGCCAGGGAGAUGGACAGAAUGGGGGUUAUGACACUGCCAAGUGACCUAAGGAAGCAUCGGAGAAAGAUUGCAGUAGUUGAAGAAGAUGGGCGUGAAGAUAAAGCCACAAUUAAAUGUGAAACUUCUCCUCCUCCAACACCCAGAGCCAUCAGGAUGACUCAUACCCUUCCUUCUUCGUAUCACAAUGAUGCCAGAAGUAGUUUGCCUGCUUCACUGGAGCCUGAAAGCAUUGGUCUUGGCAGUGUCAGCAGCAGUCAGGACUCCCUGCACAAAGCUCCCAAGAAGAAAGGAAUCAAAUCUUCAAUAGGACGAUUGUUUGGUAAAAAAGAGAAGGCUCGACUUGGACAGCUCAGAGGUUACAUGGAAACAGAGGCAGCAGCUCAGGAAUCUCUGGGAUUAGGAAAACUUGGAACACAAGCAGAAAAGGACAGAAGACUAAAGAAAAAACAUGAACUUCUGGAAGAGGCUCGGAGAAAAGGUCUGCCUUUUGCACAGUGGGAUGGACCAACAGUGGUUGCCUGGCUGGAGCUCUGGCUAGGCAUGCCAGCCUGGUACGUCGCUGCCUGCCGUGCCAACGUGAAGAGUGGAGCUAUCAUGUCUGCUUUGUCCGAUACUGAGAUUCAAAGAGAAAUUGGAAUCAGCAAUCCUCUUCAUCGCCUAAAACUCCGAUUAGCAAUCCAGGAGAUGGUAUCACUGACAAGUCCAUCAGCACCUCCAACAUCCAGAACACCCUCAGGCAAUGUUUGGGUGACCCAUGAAGAAAUGGAAAAUCUGGCUGCUCCAGCUAAAACGAAAGAGUCUGAAGAAGGCAGUUGGGCUCAGACCCUGGCUUAUGGUGAUAUGAACCAUGAAUGGAUAGGUAACGAAUGGCUCCCCAGUCUGGGUUUACCUCAGUACCGAAGUUAUUUUAUGGAAUGCCUGGUGGAUGCAAGGAUGUUGGACCACCUGACGAAGAAAGAUCUGCGUGUGCACCUAAAAAUGGUGGAUAGUUUUCAUCGAACAAGCUUGCAAUAUGGAAUCAUGUGUUUAAAGAGGUUGAAUUAUGAUAGAAAAGAACUGGAAAAGCGAAGAGAAAUGAGUCAGCAUGAAAUAAAAGAUGUGCUGGUAUGGAGCAAUGAUCGAGUCAUACGCUGGAUACAAGCCAUUGGCCUACGAGAUUAUGCAAAUAAUAUUCUAGAAAGUGGUGUACAUGGUUCACUUAUAGCACUGGAUGAAAACUUUGACUACAGCAGUUUAGCUUUAUUAUUGCAGAUUCCAACACAAAACACACAGGCACGGCAGAUCCUUGAGAGAGAAUACAACAACCUUUUAGCACUAGGAACUGAAAGACGACUUGAGGAAAGCGACGACAAGAACUUCAGGCGUGGCCCCUCCUGGAGACGGCAGUUCCCCCCACGCGAGGUUCACGGGAUCAGCAUGAUGCCAGGCGCCUCGGAAACGCUGCCCGCCGGGUUCCGCCUCACCACCACGUCAGGGCAGUCGCGGAAGAUGGCCAGUGACGUUGCUUCAUCACGACUGCAGAGGUUAGACAGCUCAACAGUUCGCACAUACUCAUGCUGA